CCUCGACUGAUUUCCGGCGCGAUAUAACUUUCGCGACUGUCACUAAUGAUCGGCCGUAGCCUUGGCUUUGAGUGCCCGUCCUCAUGAGCAAUGGUCCGCCGGACUGCGUGGAGAACUGACAACGGCCGAGCAUCAAUAAUCACAUGGCAGUAUGACUUUCUUCUACCGCCGUAUAUUCAAUUUUCGGGGAAUCCAUCACGGCCUGGCAGACACGAGCUCCCAGAUAGCUGUCACUGUAUGGUCCAGGUAUCAUGGGUAAGUCAUCGAAGGACAAGCGAGACGCUUACUACCGUCUCGCCAAAGAGCAGAAUUGGCGGGCAAGGUCAGCGUUCAAGUUAAUUCAGAUUGAUGAACAAUUUGAUCUGUUCUCCUACGCAGAUCCUUCGAAAUGUACCAGAGUUGUUGACCUGUGCGCUGCUCCCGGUAGUUGGAGCCAAGUACUAUCACGGAUACUUAUCAAAGGCGAAAGUUUCGGCCGCAGGGCAUGGGUUGAGAAGAUGGAUAAAUUUCGGAAUCGCGCACCAUCAGCUUCCAAUCCUUCAUCCAGUGACCUGAAGGAGGAUAUGGCUUCUUUGAGGCUUCAGAAUCCAUCCUCACACCUAAAACCUCGACCAAAUGUCAAAAUAGUCGCUAUUGACUUACAACCAAUGGCACCGUUAGAGGGCAUCAUUCAACUCAAGGCCGACAUCACACAUCCGUCCACGGUCCCUCUUCUGUUGAAGGCCAUUGACCCCGAUUUUGACCAGCACAAUGAGACUCACCGAGUUGAUCUGGUCAUCAGCGAUGGCGCACCGGACGUGACCGGCAUGCACGACCUAGACAUUUACGUCCAGUCUCAACUGCUCUAUUCCGCACUCACCUUAGCAAUGAAAGUCCUCAGGCCAGGUGGGAAAUUUGUGGCCAAGAUCUUCCGUGGACGAAAUGUCGACAUGAUCUUUGCUCAGCUCAAGCUGGUAUUUGAAUGGGUUCAUAUUGCGAAGCCCAGAUCCAGUCGAGCAAGCAGUAUCGAGGCAUUUGUUGUCUGCGAAGGGUACACACCUGUCAAGAACUGGACUCCAGAGCUCGGCGAUGCACUGGAAAUACCACAACCCACCAAGCCGCCAACAUCGGUUUCUGAAAAGCAGACGAGACAUCUACGGGAGGAUGGUAUCGUGGAACUUCACUUCGAAGAUGAAGAGACCGAACCUCAGCGAUGGAUUGCUCCGUUUCUCGCCUGUGGUGAUCUUUCGGCGUGGGAUGCAGAUGCGACAUACAAACUGCCUGAAGGUCACACCAGUCUUCCGCCUGUACAACCUCCCACAGCGCCACCUUAUAAGGAUGCUAUCGAAAAACGAAGAGCCGAAGGUGGUGCUUAUGGCAAGACGAAGCAUCGCUCCAACGCAAGUCACCAACUUGAGACAUGAUAGGCAGACUUCAAUGCUCGAGUUUGCCGUGCUUACUCUGCCUGCGCCAAAGACACGUUCAAGGCUUCGGUAUGGGCUUGUGGUGAUGCUUGUUAUCAAGCGAUGCACCGUCGAACUUUUUGGCAAAGUGAGGUCGAGGCCUACCACUAGGCCAGUAGUUGAUCGCAGAGGUCUGCCGUGGCACUGAAGGA